ACAUAGCAUUUGUGCCAUGAUUGCGGGAAGGUCGGUCGAAUUUUCAACGCCGAAUGCGGCUCGCUGCUGGCAUAUAACGCGUAACGGACCACCGCACAUUCUCAACGCCCUUGUUCUGUUGAAUUUUGCCUCGUCACGAUGUCUAUUACUGACUCGGAAGUGCAGCAGAUGUUGUUCUGCAUGUACGCCAUUCUGGCGGGAAACAGUAUCCUGAUAUACGACCAUAUGGUGACCCUACCAGAAGAAAUCGCUUUUAUUUGGCGUCGGCCGAAAGCCCUGUCAGCGAUAUUAUUUCUGCUCAAUCGUUAUGUUGCUCUGCUCGCCAAUAUUUCCAGCUUAGUUGUGGAUUUGCAGCCUAUAAUUUCAGAUGAGAGCUGUUUGAAAUAUUCGCUAUACAGAGAAGUAGCCCUUUUCCUCCAGGGAAUAAUCGUUUGCAUCAUAAUGGCUAUGCGCACUUAUGCUCUCUAUGGCUGUAGCAAGCGCCUCCUUACUUGGAUAGUAAUCGUCAUGGUGGGUCUCGUGGGAGUAUGUUGCGCGAACACUUUUGGACAAUAUUCAAGCAAUGUGGACAUCGUGCCAAGAGUUGGCUGCAAUGAAACAUUUUCAAAAAGGGUAGCCGACCGAAUUGGGCUGGCAUACGUUGCCGAAUUUAUCUUUGAUUUAUUCAUCUUCGUGCUCACGAUGUACAGGAUUUACAAAACUACAGGCUUGCAGCGGUUGUCUCUAGUCACCAGGAGAAAUAUCAUCGACAUUAUAGUUCACGAUGGUGCGAUGUUUUUUGGAGCGAUGACACUGUGCAAUAUUCCGAAUAUCCUGACGUACUACUCCGGUUCAGUGAGCAUACAAAUCCCGCACCUUAUAUUUGGCUUGAGUAUUUCCUGAUCAUUGGCAAGGUUGGCCUCAGAGGCAGUCUUUGCACGUUUACUGGCUGCAUUUCCGUCACUCUCAUCUCUCGGCUGAUGCUUAAUCUACACCAGACUUUCGAUACUGGCAUUUUCUCCAUCCCCGCCCAGGACGAGGACCCAACCCUCGCUGUCCUUACCACCAGGA